AUGGAUGAGAAUCCUCUCCCGUUUCAACAUCAUCACCUCGAGGAAGACCACGAAAACGAGCAUCAAACUCUCCAUGGUGAUGAUACUUCACUCCAUGGAGUGGAAGGAGGAAUUCAAUUUGAUGAAGAAGAAGACAAUGGAAUGCCAAUGACAUUGAAUCCUACUCAUAUUGAUAUGGCAUCAAAUGGGAAUCAUCAACACGUUGAUGAUGAUCUGACCAAGCUCAUGAGUCUUCCUAAUUCCGAAGAACAUGCAACUCAUGAAGAAGAAGGAGAGGAUGAUUUAUUAACCAUGGACGUUGUUCGAUUCGGUAAUUCUUCUUCUUCAAAGAGAGGCAUGAAAGAGCUUCCAAGCGAACCACAAGCCUCAACAUUGGAUGGAAAUUAUUCCUUCGAUGAUCAUGGAAAGGAUUAUGUCCUGAAGAGCGUAAAAACAUGUGAAAGAAAGAAAAAGAAUCAAUCUAAAGUUUACAAAAUUCACAAAAUAUUGUGGAAAAGGAAUCACGAAGCAAACUACCCACAAAUACACUUGAAUGAUGGUGUGGAAAACAAAACGGAGUUUAUUUAUUUAAUUAUGAGUGAAAUCGCAACCGAAAGCGAUGUUAUUGGAGUUACAGAACAAUUCGGACCAAUUUUGAUUGGAUUAGACAUUAGGAACUGCAAUUUGUCAAAAAAAUUGAAAACUCAACCACAAGCAAAAAAGAGAAAAAAGGAGGAAGAAAAAGAAGAGGAUGGUGAAAAAGAAGACUUUUCACAUCCAGUUCUUCAAUCCAUUUCCUCCAACUGCCUUAAUUUAGAAGUUUUGAAAAUUGACGGAAACAAUUUUAAUGCAGAGCAAGUCGCAGCCAGCAAAUUGUUUGAAAACUGCGUGAAAUUAAGAACAUAUUAUGGACCUAUGAGUUUUUCUUGCCUCAAUUCGAAAAAUAAGUCUAUUUUAGCGAAAUUACAAAAGAUAAAAUUAGAGCUGGACUCACUUCCAAUUACUUUAGCGAGAGCUGUCGUAAAAAACACAAAGAAGGGACCUACAAUUGUGAAAAUUGGAAAAGAAACAUCAAUUCCAUACAAGGCAUUUCAGGAAUUUGGAGAGGAUGUCCACAAACUGAUCAUCGACACAGCUAAAUAUUCAGGAUCGAAGGAGAAUCUACCAAAAAUAUUGAGGAAUACAUUUCCAGACCUAGAGGAGCUUCAUAUCGUCAAUGAGUCCACUAUUGAUUCAACAGAUUUAAAGAUAAUUGGAAAACUUACCCAACUUACAGUGUUAAAUUUUACACAUUGUGACACCAUUACUGAUCUUGGUCUGGCCACAAUUUUUCAGAAAUGUACGCUAUUAAGAAAAAUAAUUUUGGAUAACUGUUGGCAAAUUUCGGAUGAGGCAUUUUCACAUUUAAAACAUCUUCCCAACUUAACUUAUAUGGACAUUUCAAAUAUUCGGGUGACGAAUUCAACCCUCAAAACCAUUGCAAAUAGCAUUUCAAGCGGAGAUUUAUUUACUCAUUUCAUUUCUGAGAAUAAUUACAAUGCAACAGAUGAAGGUUUAAAGUUCUUCUUAGAGAAAUUUCCAAAUUUACAAUGCCUUGACAUUAAUAAUUGGGGCAAACUCACUGAUGCAACUCUUGAAAACAUUGGAAACUUUUUGAAACAUCCCAAACAUCUUGGUCUAAUGCAAGGAUCAAAAUCAAAACCUCGUUACACAUCCAAUGGACUUCGAAAGGCACUUCAAAGCAAGACCAUCGAAACUCUCACUAUUCACUAUGUGGAAAACAUUAAUGACACCAUGAUUGCAUUGUCAGAGUUAUGCCCAAAUCUCAAACGUUUUGGAAUUAGAGGAAAUGAGAACAUUACAGACGACGCUCUAGAAGUGAUGUGUGAUGGAUGUAGCCAAUUAGAAAUUUUAGACAUUAGCCAAUGUUCUCUACUCACUGAUGAAGCACUCAAUGCAGUCUCCAAUUCUUUGAAAUCCUUGUUACAAAUUAAUAUUUCGUAUUGUGAUGAAAUGACCUGUGAUGGCAUUGAAGUCAUGCUUGACGCUUGUUCACGUGUGACUCAUAUCCACAUUAAGCCUGAUUUUCCAUACAUUGAACAAGCUCGAGUUCUCUUCCAUGAGCACUCCACUCGGUAUUCACAAGAAGUGUCCGUCCACUUUUCGAAAACAUUAAAUGAUUCUUCUUGA